AACUUCAAUUCAUCCAGACACUUCAAAAUAUCUUUUCUUUUCGAAGAGUAGCUUAGUUUUGAUCAGUUGUUUAUUUCUUCAGAUAUUAUUUCUACAUCUUUUUAUUGUUUUACUUUAUAGAAAUAUGGCAAAGAAUGCAGCUCAGUCACCCCUUGAAAAGAGCAGCUUGGCUGCUCUUGACCAGAAGCUGGCCAUGGCUCAACGCUGCGCCCAAGAAGGUGUGAAAGCAGGAGCCAAGGCAGCUGUUGUUGCUAGCAUUGCAACUGCGAUUCCAACGUUUGCUAGUGUGAGGUUGCUGCCAUGGGCAAAAGCCCAUCUCAAUCACACUGCUCAAGCCCUCAUAAUCUCCACAGUGGCUGGAGCGGCAUAUUUCAUAGUGGCUGACAAGACUGUCCUGGCUACAGCUAGAAAGAACUCCUUCAAGCAAGCCUCUAACAACAUUGAAGGAUGAUUCAAAUUUCCAUCACUAGUUUCAAAGUCUGGUUGUUCCCCAAUGGUCUAAGUAAACAUUUAUUAUGUAAUUCCAUCUCCUUAUAAAUAAAUAAAUAUGGGUUUCCUUAGAUCAUGAGAACAUCUAGCUAUUACCUAUUGGGCCCUACCCCAGAUUUGAUAUUAUGUUCCAUCUCAAUCCAACUCCUUUUGCAUGUGAGGAACAUAGUAUUCAAAGUUCCAUCAUAGGAACGCCCAAAAUAUGGGCUUUUUCUUUAUAAAAUGAUGAGAACAUAAAUA